AUGGUUUACACAAUCGUCGUUCACCUGCUCGCCAAGGAAGACCAAGAAAGCAUUAACAAGCUGAGCGCUAAGCUUGUCGAGGCUAGCCAGGUGUACAGCAAGGACAAGGAGACAUUGAGCUGGUUUGUUAUGCAGGACACUGUCGAUAAGAGGAAGUUCACUAUCGUUGAACGGUAUCUGAAGGAAUCAUCUCAACAAUACCACCUGAACAACCCAUACUGGAAGACUUUCGACCCGUACGUGAUUCCUUUGUUGGCCGCACCCAUGGAUCUGAGGCGCCUGGAAGAGUUGGACACGACUGUCACGAGCGCGGGUGCGCAUUACCAUGAAGACGCUGUAAAGACGGAGACCAGUGUUGGCGAUAUGUACAAGGGAACUGACGCUUAG